AUCAAUAUAAACCUCGUGGAUCCCCCUUGAAGCGCGGCUCCUCUUUCCCCCGGAGGGACCCACGCGAGCGUCCGCCGCGGAGUGGGUCAGUAGGAGUGGCCGCGGCGCUGGCAGCCCGCUCUGCGUGAGUCGCGGAGCCCAAGUUGGUGGCUGCAGCUGUAGAUAUUUCCUGUCCGCCGCGCAGACAGAGCAGAGCAGCGCAGAGCAGCGCAGAGCAGCGGCGAGGGCGGAGGAGACACGGGAGAGGGAUGGCGGAAAAUAUCUCCGAGACGAGCGGCUCCGUUCACCGGAGAUGUCUGGCCCAUUCUUCGGCGGAGAGGAGCGCCGCGGCCGCGGUCGGAGCGUCCAAGUGGAUCCGACUGAACGUCGGCGGCACGUAUUUUUUGACAACGAGACAGACGCUGUGUCGAGAUCCCAAGUCGUUUCUGUACAGACUGAGCCAAGCUGACCCCGAGCUCGACUCCGAUAAGGAUGAAACAGGUGCCUAUCUCAUAGACAGAGACCCCACGUACUUUGGGCCAGUGCUGAACUACUUGAGGCAUGGCAAACUGGUGCUUAACAGGGACCUGGCAGAGGAAGGUGUGUUAGAAGAAGCUGAAUUCUACAACAUCACAUCAUUAAUAAAGCUCAUCAAGGACAAGAUCAGGGAACGCGACUGCAAAACAUCACAGAUCCCGGUGAAGCACGUGUACCGGGUGCUCCAGUGCCAGGAGGAGGAGCUGACACAGAUGGUGUCCACCAUGUCCGACGGCUGGAAGUUCGAGCAGCUUGUCAGUAUAGGUUACGGGCGGGCCCACCAGUCAGAGUUUCUGCUGAUUGUGUCAAGGGAGGUGAAGGGAGAAGAGUCUGCUUUGCCAAACAACAGCGGAGAGCUUGUCAGCAUAGGCUCCUCUUACAACUACGGAAACGAAGACCAAGCCGAGUUCCUGUGUGUAGUCUCCAAGGAGCUGCACAAUCAAUCAUAUGGGACCAACAGUGAGCCCAGUGAGAAGGCGAAGAUUCUUCAGGAACGGGGUUCCCGCAUGUGAAGAAGACUCAGUAUUAUGAGCUCCAGGUGUUAUGAUGCAAACAUAUCAUCUUUGUAAGAACGUCGGGCACAAUGUAGAUUUAAAAAGGAGGGCACAUUUAUUGGUUGUUUCCCUCCGUUUUGUUUUUAUUCUUUUUAAUGUAAAUAAGUAUGUUUACUGACAAUUUGUGCCUGUACAUUUGAACUGGACCUUUUUUUUUUUCUUCUUUUUUGCGGCGGUUUUGUUUUUCUAAUUGAACGUGAGGAAUUGUAUGCUACAAACAAAUGUUUUAUGCUAUAAAAUAUGGCCGUCAACAAGGCCAAUGAUUCACUCAGGGUCCGCUGUUGCGUUGAUUCUUGUAUCCUUCAACUCAAGGGUCUGGUUAAGAGAUCAGUGUGGUCUUUUAUAAGUCAAAAGUAUCAAACUCAAUCAUUUUUUAGAGAUGGUAAAAAGGGAAUUGCAUAUUUAUAAUUUAGUGAAUUUCAUCCCUAAAACAAAUUAGUAAUGUUUUCUCUAAUAUUUCAGACUGUUCUAUUGCUGGUCAUGAGCAUCCCAGCUACGCAGCAGCUUUUUUUUCCGUUAUUAAUCGUGGUCAGAUAACAAACUGUCACCAGAACUUAAGGAUAAAGUAUGACAGGCUUUAACUGAUGACGAGUAAAUGACCUAGACAGAUCAUAGUGAUGCAACAGACGCUGAUGCAGGAUGCUUGUCAUUUAAACAUCAUUUAGGUAUUUAAUGCGACCUUUAACGUCUCCAUGUUUUGAUUUUCUGCAUACAGCUUCUUUCUACUAAAAUAUAAGUGUCACAUUCAGUCCGUCAUAGAUUCUUUACCUACAUUUAGUUUGCGAUGUCCUUGUGGUUAUGAAUCUGAAAUGAACUGCCAAAAAACUAAGUUUUUCAGUUGUAAAUCAUCAAUCAUCCGUGUCCUCUGGUGACAUCUCAGCUUCGAGCCUUUCAGUUGUUUGUUUUGAUUUCUUCCACCACUGAGUUCUGCUCGGUCACUAGUUGGUUUGUUUAACUUGUUUAAGAUCUUUUUUUUUUUUGAGGGCAAAUAUUAGUUUAACAGCAGUGGUGAGGGACUCUCAGUUUGUAGGGGCUUUUGUUUUGAUGUAAAUAACAAAGUCAAUAUUAAUAUUUAACUCUUAAAGAAAACUGCACAUUUUGUACACUGUAUAGAACACAACUUGAAAUAGAAGUUGUUUAUACUGGAUUUUUAAAAAGUUAGAGACUCUUGACAACGUUAACUUCUGUUUUGCAUUGUUUGUACAGGAUUCCUCCAAGAUCACAGUUAGGGCGGAAACAGCUGAUGCUGAACAUGGUGUCUUUCACUGAGAACAUGCUUGGAGCAUGUUUUGACAAACAAAAAAAAACAAAGUUAUUCUUGGCUGGCUAUGAAGUUGACUGUUACGUUUUCAAAUGAAUAUUUUAGUUAUUUUCCUGCAUUGCGAUAGAUUCUUCUGAGCAUUUUUGAUGUGUGUCCUUUGCAGGCACAGCAUUACAAGCACUACAGUGGAAACCACACUGUGCACAUUGCUUACAGCCUGUAAUGUUGAUGUAAAUACCGCAUUUUAAAAACACUUUCUUUUUAUAUAGACAAAGUUGUUUUCAGGUUUGAUGUGUGGUUUUGAUAAGUUGGAUAUUCACGAAUCAUUUAGUGUUGCCUUUUUUCCCCCCGAAGACCAAAAUCCAAUGUCUUAUGUGUAUUGUACACAUUGAUCUUAGCGUCAGGGAUGAGUAACCUUUUUUUUUAACGCUGGCACACUUUGUACAUACAUACUUGUUAAUGACACACAAAACCUCCAUUUACUCACAUAUACACUUGACGAAACCGUUUUAUAAAGUCAGAAGCAAGUAUAGCAUGUUUUUUAGUCUAGAUAAACACAUGAAAAUAUAUAUAAAACAAACACGAACACACAAGGGCUUUUAAAGUGCAAAAUUUGAGAUCUGAAAAGAGUUUCUGAAGAGUUUUAAUCGAAGUAGACUGGAUUUUCCUGCCAGAGCUAGGCUAUGUUUACAUUUGCUAUAGUAUUCUGAAGCCUUCCAAUUAAGUACUGUCUUGCACUCCCUCACACACGGUACCAUGUCUGACCUGUGUGACUGCACCAGUGGAAACUAGCGCUCCCCACUCAGCUAAUACUCACAUGGACAUUAGAUACUCUAUCUAUUUAUAUGCUUGAGUGUUGUAGACAAUCUGCUUUGCACCCUCAGCACACAUUUAGUAUGAUGAAACGUCACCUGUGUUGGUUCAGAGUUCAAGGUUCCUUUGGGUCAUCUUUUAAUUAUUUUUUUUUCCUGCAAUGAGAUUGUGAUUAGUUGGUUUAGUUCUGACCUUAUUUGAUAUAGUCUAUUUCUGAGGUGUUUUACCUUCUGUUGUUUAGCAGCUGGAUUACCUUAUCUCCCAUUCACUUUGUGUCUGGUUAAGCAUUUCACAUUGACAAUAAUAAUUUUAUGUCUAAGAUAAACGUAUCAAACCUGUAGCCUAAUACUUUUAAGUGCCCAGUUUGUUUUACAUACAAGUCAUAAGCCACAGACCACUGCAAUGCAUGAUUGAAUAUGAUCACACUUGUAAUCAGAGGGAUUGAAUGUGCCAUUUUUUCCUCAGUCUAACAAAAACAUCAAUAAGAUUCUCAUAUCACUACAUAGGUCACUCCUAUUAUGAUCUUAUGCAAUGAUAACAAUGUACAAACUGAGUAUGAUGUUAUGGAGGCAGUUCAAUAUGGUCUUGCAUAAGGUAAAUUCAAUAAAAUGUUGUCAUUCA